GUUGACGAGGGGAGUGGCGAAUGAAAACUGUAGUUGCGGUAGAAACAAGUGCCGGCGAUCCGGUUAGUAGGGCUCCCUCGUACCGCUUGGCCCUAAAAAAAUACAAACAAGUGCCGUGAAAUGACCUCAUCUUAGUGUGCCAUGACAUUUAAUACUUAAAUAAUCAUAGACACACCCCUAUUUUCAACUCAUCUGUGAUAAUAACUAUGGCCGUUCGUAUGGACAACUCUACACCCAAUAGAAAAAUUAACUAUAAAGUUACGACAAACAACGGGGGCGGUUCUGCUGGCAUUCGACCGUCGGCGGCCUCAACGCAACCUUUCGGCGGAGGGGGCGGCGGAGGCGGCAUAAACAAUAAGGUGGCGGGACCCAUGGCCACCCAACAUCAGACGGCGGGCGUCUACCGCGGUCAAUGGGGCAACGUUGGUGGCGGUCACCAACACCAACAUCAGGUCGCCGCUGCUGCUGGCGCCACUUAUUACCAGCGGUACGCCGUGGCACAACCUGCGCAGCAGGCCCAGAUCCAAUCGCCGGCACAGAAUUCCUACACGCCCAGUAGUACUACCAAUAGCAAUUAUAAUAAUUCCAAUUCGUACACAAAUCAAAGAGUGCCAACAGCGACAUCGCCGUCGAAUGCAAGUAGUUCCAGUAGUCACACAGGAAGCCAAAGUGGCAACGUGUCGACCUGUCUUAGCAACAAUAUGCCUAACAACACGAAUUCAUCUUCUAACAACUCUUCCUCCGGAUCAGAGCAGCUUUCGAAGACUAACCUCUAUAUAAGGGGAUUGAAUCCUGGAACCACUGAUAAGGAUUUAGUUAAUAUGUGCCAGCAGUUUGGUACCAUCAUAUCUACCAAAGCGAUUUUAGAUAAAAAUACAAAUAAAUGUAAAGGUUAUGGUUUUGUAGAUUUUGAGAGUCCUGCCGCAGCCGAGGGUGCAGUCAAGGCUCUUACUGCAAAAAACAUUCAGGCUCAAAUGGCGAAAGUGGGUAUCUGGUAUCAACAUCGUAGAAAAGCCACUCAACAAGAGCAGGAUCCAACAAAUUUGUACAUAGCUAACUUGCCGCCAAAUUUCAAGGAAUCUGAUCUGGACAACAUGCUAUCCAAAUAUGGACAAGUGAUAUCAACACGUAUUUUACGAGAUGCUUCAGGUGUAUCAAAAGGAGUGGGAUUCGCAAGGAUGGAAAGCAAAGAAAAAUGCGAGUACAUCAUUCAAAAUUUUAACAGUAAAGUGCUUCAGGGUAGUAAAGAACCACUUCUCGUGAAAUUUGCUGAUGGUGGUAACAAAAAGAAAAACAUGUAUAAGAACAAUGAAAACGCCAAGAUUUGGAGGGAUGGAGCAGAAGCUUUGACUACCAUGCCGUAUGAUCCAUCUGCUCUUGCACAGAAUGGUGUAGCAGGUCAACAUUUGAUGCCGGCGUUAACGAAUUACAGGCAUUACAAUCAGUUUCCUUCAUACACGGGACAGUGGCCGGUUCAAUAUUUGAUGGCGCCACCAUUGCAAACGGUUGAAGAAAGUUACAAUUUGCAAGGACACAUGGCAGCUCAGUAUAAAAAUGAUGGACAACCACCUCGAGGAAUACCACUUAUGAUGCCAUCUACAGAGAGCGCUGUUCCUUAUACUAAUCUCUUACCUCAGCUCACAACACAAAUGGGAGCAAUGCAAAUUGGUACUGGAUCAUACAUUUCACCUCAAUAUCCAUAUUACCACCCGUCUACAAUAAUACAUGCGGUUCCAGUUGAUUCGGAACAUACUUCCAAUGCAGCAAGUCCUGAUGAUCCAUAUCAGGCUUACCAAGGGCCCCCCAAGUAAUUUUUUUAAUCAACUGUUUUUUUUUUUGGAUUUAUAUUUAAAAAUCCUCUUUAAAAGUUGCCACGCGUCUUAAUUUAUAGAACGAUGAAGGCAUUUUGAAUGCUGAAUUUGACUAGAGUAGUUAAUUUAUGAAAAUAAAAUUUUGGCAAUUUUUGAAUUGGUCUUGGAAGUCAUUAGACUGACGACCGAGUUGUAUCAUAGUUAUUUUGCUGCUGAGUAAUUUGAGUCUAAUUUUUUGUUUAAAAAUAUUGUUACAUGAUACAAAAAGGACUGAACUAUGUGUAAAGUAGAUAUUUUUGAUACAGUAUGUUCCUAGUUUGACAACUAAAUUGUAUUGAAAAUAUGUCUUCUAAACUUAUGUCUGUGUUGGGGAAAUGCACCUAUUUUAUAAGAAAUUAUUUUUCGGAGUUGUCCAUUUGUUGGUUACCAAAACUUACUGUAUUUGUAAAAUAUAUCCAGUAAUUCUAGUACUUAACGUACAUGAUGCCUUUAUGGCGUUCAUUGCUCAUGACUUAUUUUAAAAGUCUCUCAAUUAGUACUUAGUUUUGUACACCAGAGUUAUACUUAUAUUCAAACUAUUUUAGUUUUUCAGUUUGAAAAUAAAUAAAUGUUAAAUUAUUUCAGAUUUAAACUAUAAUAUUUCAACUGGAUUUAUUCCAAAUAUAUUUUUAUGGAAUUUUUGAUGAUCUUGGUGACAACUCUGAUAUUAGCACAUUUAAAAUGCUAUAAAUAAUAUUUCACAGAGAGGGCAUUCUCUUACACAGAUACUUUUUUCCAAAAUGUAGGAAAAACUAGGAUAGUAACUACAUAGUUUUACACAAUGUAAAAAGUAAUAUUGAAAGCAAAACGACUUUUCUACAUACAGCAGUGAAAUGGUGUAUUGAUCUUCCCAAGCCAUAAUGGCAUAGAGUAGGUAAAAUUAGUAUUUUAUUUUUUGAUGAAGAUCUACAUAGGCAUAUAGGUAGUUGUUUAAAACACUACGCAAAAUUUGCGAUAAAAAACUGCUCAUAUAAUCAAAUAAAUUCUUCCUAAACGAACAUCUGUAAAGUUUUACUUCCACUAUAGAAUUUGUCUCUACAAAUAUUUAUUUUAUACAAAAAUUUAUUUUAUUUAUUUCAUUAUUUCACCUUUGUCGUUUCUAUAUAUACAAUGCGUCCAACAUUAUGAAUGCAGAGCAAGGAGAAUAAAUAUUAUACAGAUAAUCUUAAAUUGGAUAAAGUUUACAUCUUGAGGCAGCAAUAAUAGGAUGUGAAAAUAUCAUAAAUAUGUAGAACAGGUUUGGAGUUAACUGGAAAAAUUUAGAUUUUUGUUUUUUUUUUGUCAUAGCAAAAUUUGUUUUGUAUUCUUUUGUACUACAUUUUAUACUAAAUGGAACCAUUUUAAUGUAUUUUAAUUAACCUUUCGAGUACAUUACAACAUCGGUCUUAGUUAAAUAAUGGAUGUAUUGAUGUAAUUUACUUAAAACGUUACUAAAAUGCAUAAUGGUAUACAUGGUUUUCUUCAGUACUAUGAAAAUAGUAUAAUGUUUCAACACAAAUAUUUAAAGUAAAGCAAAAUGCUAGAGCCAAAAAACACAUCCAAAUAUAACUUUUUCCUAAAUAUCUCAAAAAUUGAUUUGGAUAAUAAUUGUUAUUUGUUCACACCAUAUUAUCGCCUUCUUUAAUCUACCAAAACCUCAUGACUUGCAUUAUUAUGCAGGACACAUUGUUAAAAUGUUUAUACUAUUUUUAUCUGCUGUUUAAAUAUUUCUUUGGAGCAUAAAAUAAGCAAACUUUUUUUCAAUCUAUUAUAGUAAUCGUACCUAUGAAAUCCAACAAUCACGAUAUAAUACCCGGCUUCAGCUUGGAAUUUUGUUUUGACUUAAAAAAGUUUAAAUAAGACUGACGUUAUACUAAUGUACCGGCUCUAAGAGGCUGAUAAAGAGACUGAAAGUAAAUAAUUAAAUCAAAAUUUCACAGUAAAAAUAUAAGAAUGACGAGGGGUUAAGUACAUUAGUUAUGAAGUUUAUAAUGAAAUAUAUCGGAAAUAUAUGUACAAGGAUUUGUCUUUCCAAAAUAAGCACAGCUGGUUGGGGGAACAUGGAAUUUUUGCCAUUGAAGAAGCUUCCCAUAAUUAUACCGGGUGUUCAAAUUAAAGUAUUAUAGCUAAAUACCGCCUUUUAUAAAAAAAACGUUUCAGACGAAAGUUUUAUAGUUUUGUAGGAACAUUUUUUUUGGCUAAAAUCGUUUUUUAUAGCUAACCAUAAUAUGGCCAACUUUUAUUUUCGCCCAGCAAAAUUUUCAAGUAGCUGUUACUCAAAAAGUAAAAGUCCAAUAAAAAAAAUAUUUUCUUCAAAAGUUUCUUAUUUUUUUAUGUACUUUAAGAAUAUGCAAAAAAAUGGGGUUCCAAUUUAAAAAACAAAGUCCACCUCGAUAUGGCCAUAUUAUGAUCAGCUAUAAAAAAAUGAAUUUAUCCAGAAAACUAUAAAAUUUUUGUCUGAAACUUUUUUUUCUAAAAUGCAUAUUAUCAGCGGUAUUUAACUGUAACACUUUAAUUUGAACACCCGGUAUAUAAAAGGGUAUCAAAAGAAAUAUUUAAGGAUGAACCACGUUCAAGAUAAAUAAAGAGAGCGAGGGGGAACUGCCUUUAUUGGGUAGCCAGUAGAUACAGAUUAAUUUUUUUUUAAACAUCCUGCCCUGUGACAGUAAAGAGUAUUUUACUUCUGGUCUGUGAUUUUUGGGCAGUAGCGCUACAAAACGUUCCCGAUUAUCAUGACAGACGAUGGUUUCAACAAAAAGGGGCCACUGUAAACACAGUGCAAAUUUGAAUAAUAAUUUUCAAGAUGUGUCAUUUCCAAAAAAUGUAAUAUUGAGUGGUACAUUUAUCAGUCAGUGGCAACAUGUCAGCGUGUAUUUAAAAUAGUCGGGACAGCUUUACAAGAUUCUGGUAAGAUAUAUGGCCACCACAUUGGUAAUAUAUUGAUUUCAUAUUUUUUCGUUAUGAUUUUUUAAAAAAUGACUUUUACUUUAGGUCCCCCAAGUAUUUAAAUAAUCUACUGUGCUACUGAUAUAAAUGUGGUUGAAUCAGAUUUAUAGACUCUGCUUUACGAACCGACCAGGCACAUCACCCUUUUGACUUGACUCAGGGUUUAUAUAACAUAUUGUAUACUAGAGUACUCAGCGUAAAAGCUGAUUUGCUUAGACCAAUUCGUUUGAGGAGCAUUUUUAGAAACUUGACAUGAAAAAUAACUAGCCCUAGGUAAACUAUACGUCAGUACAUAAAAGAAACAUUAAAUUAAAUCUUAAAUCAUAAAAAAUGAACCCCUAUAAUUGUAUUGGCCGUUAGUAAAAUAAUAGCAACGAUGAUGAUCCACCAAUCCAAUGGUAGUGGACAUGGCACUAUUUAUGACUUUCCUGGAGAGCUAUUAUUAUCUAACUUCCAACCGAAAACGUAUAAUAACGAAAACGCUAAGCGGACUUCUCAACAAAGAUCGAUUACCAAAACGACAAGCAUGCCAUUUUGGUAUUCUCUAAUGCUAGUCAGAGUUUGCUAUUCAUAAGUGAUUUUCAUUUUUGUCGUAAGCUGUCAUGUACAGAGGCCGCUCGUGGCCUAGUCUAUGAGGAGGCUACUUUUGAAAGGCUCACCCUGUAUACUUAAUACAAAUAUAUAUUUCUAUUAGAAUACAAAAAGUAGAAAUAUUAUAUUGCAUUCUAAAAUAAAUAUAUAUUUGCAUUAAGUAUCUAUUCAAAAGUAGACUAGGCCAGGAGCUGCUGAUUGGUCAGAAUAACUAAGGUUAGAAUUUGAAUAUCAUUUUGACAUUAUAAUUUGUUUAUCAUUAAACAUGAACGUGGUAAUUUAAAAGCAACUGGAUAGAGCCCAAAAGCAAACUCUAUUAGAAUAUAUUGAGGCCACUUCCAAAGAAGACACAAGUGGAUAGAGGUGUCAGGUCACAUUUUUUGAAAAAAUGAUUUUUAUGGCUCAAUAUACUUAAAAUAUACUAUAUUUUUUGUUUGUGAUAGUUCUAAUUUUGGUAAAUAGCUGCUAUUCAUCAGAUAGAAAGGUAUCAUGAGCCAUAUAUUAUAAUGCAAUUGUAAAACUUUAAACUUGUUUUUCUCGCAAUAAUCUUUUUGUGACAUGUCUUCAAUAACGAAUCGAAAACAUAAUAUACAUCAUAAAGUUGCUGACAUUUUAAUAUAAUAUUUAGGUCCACAUUUUAAUAUUUGACGUCUACGAAUCUUAGCCUUAAAUGUCAAAACUUAAAAUGAUAACAGCAAAAUGCUACUCAUGUGUAACUUUUUUGAAAGCACUUUACGUUUUUCAAAUACGAUCAGCACGGCAAGUAGAGAAUACCAAAAAUUUGUGCUUUGUACUUUUGUUAAUUGUUUGUCGCGUUUCUAGAAAGACACGCUGGUCCAUUCUUAAAGCAAACGAAUUUUAAUCAUUUUAUUUAUGUAUAAUGUAUUUGCCAUACAGACAUUUAGGUUAAAAUAUUCUUGGAAUUAAGUGAAUUUAAGAAAAUAAUUAUGCACAUUUAGUCUUAAAUAUUUACCAAAUUCAACCACUAAAGGCAAUUAUACAUUUAGCAUAGUAGUUUAUAAAAUAUUUCUUAGUAAGUUAGGACAGGAUAUCAAAAAUCUAGAAUUUUAAGUGUUUCAUAAAUAUCCUUUCUGGAAUAGUCUUCCUUAAAUAUAUAGACCGAGGUGAUAGUACAUAAAUUAAAAGUCUUUAUAAUGUGUUUAAAAAAAAAGGUUCCAGUAAACCCACAUAAUGAAUUACAUUUAAUUUUGGUGGAUAUAUCCUUAAAUUCUAGAGUAUAAGAGAUUUGAUGAAACAUAUUGAUCAGAAUUUUUGUUUUUUUUUUAUUUAUUUAACCACAUUGAAUUAGACUGAUUAAUAUUUUUACUUAUUGAAUCAUAUUCUUGUGCACCAUUGAAAUAUUUUGAAACGAGCGUUUAAUUAUUUAAAAUAUAAUAUAACUGAAUUUUGUCAUUAAAAGAAAAUAACGGUAAAGGUGAAACUAAAUAUUACAGAAUUUUUACAAAGCAAAUCGGUAUCUAUUGAAUCAUUUAUUUAAAAUGUUUCAAAAUAUUGAAUAUUUACUAUAAUGAUCUGAAAAAGUAUAGCUUAAUUUCAUUACAAUAUUUAUAUUCUAUCAGAAAAAUUAUACAUUGUUAUUUUUAUAACAAGUAUAAAAAAAUAAAGAAAUUAUUGGUUCGUUUUGUAAAUGUUUUGUAAUAAUCGAUUCAUUUGUUGCGACAUUCCAAUGUCUUAAUAUUUGUUGAUAAUAUUCUAUUUAUUCAAUUUUAUUCACAAAGUUCUAAUUUUCGUUUUAAAACGUGUCCCUACUUUUGUACAGUUAUGUUAUAAAUGAAGUAUGUAUAGUGCAAUUUUUUUGUUUUAUUUUAUUAGAUUUAUUUAUGAUUGAAAAAAUAAUAUAUUGAAUUGGGAUUCUUUUAAAAUGGACUGACGUUAUUAUUUAUUUACAUAAUCCAGUAGAUGAACUAGGUAAAGUGAAGCUGUCUGUGAUUUUGUAUUUUUUUUUUUUUUUUUCAAUUUUAUGUGUAUAGUUGUGCGUAAGGACGAGAUUUCGAAAGUUUUCCAAGUUUAUUUACUGGAAAUAUAUUUUAAUCAUUUCAUAAAAAUGCGACAUAGCCUUUGAUGAAAAAUGUUGGUCGGUAUCUGACAUACUUAUUGAUUUAUAUUUACAUCCAGUCUUAUAGAUACAAAAUUAAAAUAAAGAUUGUCAAUUUUUAUUUAUUUUUAAUAAUAAUAUCAAUUUAUUUUGAGGAGGAGGAGGUUAUAUUAUACUUUUAUGUAAACUAAAAAUCAAUAAGUAAUAUUGUUUUGUCAGCAAUUUUUGCAUGGAACUUCACAUAAAAGAUAUUGUGCCUUUUCAGAUUGUCCACAGGGAUAUACUGAAAAAUAUUUUAUAUAUUUUUUUAACUCGGUGUAUUCUUAAAAAACCGAUAACUAAAUUUUUACCUUAUAGUUAUGUGUUGUAGGCGAUUUGUGAAUGUUCUCUUUAGUUAACUUUUUUUAAUGUGGAGGCCAGGGUAGAAUAAUUAAGGCACAUUAUAAAAGCUGCUAUUGCAGAGUGUCUUCAACGCCCUCCAUCCAAUUUUUUUUAUGUAACAUAGCUAACAAUUUCUAGGAGACUACUUUCAUACAUGCUCUUUUUUACAAAGAGCAAUAAAAAUCACUUAGCUGUGUUUUAUAUGAAGAUUCCAAAAUACCAAUUUUAAAAGAUUUUGUGUUAAAACUGUUGAUAAUAGUCUUCCCACAUUUUAAUAAGAUGUUCAAACUUUUUUUGGGAUAAUAAGUUUGAGUGGAACAAAAAUGAUAAUUGUUAUUAUUUGCAUGUAAAUUUUAUUUCAAAUAAUGAUAAAAUUAUUUUGUUCGAGACUCUUAAAUACACAUAUUAAAUUGAAUUUUAUUACUUAAAAUAUAGUUUUAUAUAAAUUUGAGAAUGACUGUUUUAUUAUAAUUUUUGGAUUGUACACUCAAUUUCUUCCAAAAUGAAACAUAUUGCUGGCUGAAAAAUAGUAUAAAAACGUUUAUCUAUUUGAGAUAAUUUAUGAACUAGGAUUUACAAGAAACACAUUUUCUGUGAUAGAAAAUACUGUGUACUAGUUUAUCUUUUUUUUGAAUCAACUUUUAGAACUUUUUGGUCAUGGUAAUCAUUUAAAGACUGAACGACAAUUACUUUUUAUUUAACAUAACAUCAAAUUACAUUGCUAAUUUAAGAGUUUAUUAAAGUUUGUUGCUAUUUUCUUAUUCUAAAUUUGAUAUGUGAAUUAAGUGACAUAUCUAGUAAAUAAAAUUAAAUAUAUGUAUAUUUUAAUUUUAAUCAAAGAUUGAAUAAAACAUUUGUUAAUCAAUUUUUUUUUCACUAGAUAUAUUGUCUGCCAAUUUGAAAAAGAAACAAUAACAUUCACAGCAAAAAAUUGCAAUCGAUUUUAAUAAAAAAAAAACAACGUUAUUCAUUUUAUAGCAUAAAUUAAAAGUACAACAAAUGUUCACAAUGAAUAUUGUUUUAAAAAACGCAUCGAACCAUGUACUUUCAUUCAAAUAAAAUUAAUUUGGAAUUUGAAUCAUAAAAUUUGGAAACAAUGUCUUCAAUGUUUCACUUUAUUUGACAACUGUAGAUUUUAUACAUUGAUAACUGAUCAUAGUGCCUUGUGAACCAUAACACAUGAUAAAAAUCUUAAAACUCUUAAAUAUAUUCCGACAAAAAUGGUACAAUAAUACAAUUUCAAUUCGUGCACAAAAAAAUAGAAAAACCUUCAAACAUUUUUAAAAUUUGGUGAUAAAAGUUAACUUAGUAUUUUGGAUCUUUUUCUGAGACAACGUUGAGUGAAUAGCUGAAGCCAAAUAAUGCAUUGAGUAUUGACAUUACUUUGUGAAGGUUUACACUAACGUAACUGAUAAAGAUCAGUUUUAUUUUCGUAUUCGAUACCGUAUUCGAUGGUAUGAAGUUAUUUUUAGACCGUAAAUAUCGAAAAUUCGAUCAGCGACUACCUAUUUAUUACUUUUAAGUCAUCAUUGGAAUUGAUUUCUAAUUCCAAUUUGUAAAAAGUAUGCUAGAAAGCAUUUAGUUAAGGGUAGCUUCUAGCGUGUAGAAUAGUUUCUAGAUUUAAACAUUUAGUUAAGGUAGAUUUAAGAAAACUUAGAUAGGUUUAGUGUAGUAAAACAAAAAAAUUAAAUUAAGGCCUGUUUCAGGUGGAAUAUUAGUGCAGUUUUUAGUUAGUGUUUAUAUUAUAUAGAUAUAUUUAAAAGCUGGAUUUUUGGUCAUGUUUCAGUGCAAUAUCUGUUUUCUUUUUGAUUUGUUUUUGGAAAAUGACCAAUUUUCAGUUGGUGUUUUUAGUCAUGAAGGUGCACUGCCUAAUAUUCCACCUGAAAAUUUAUGAAGAAAUUAAAAAAAAAAUGGUAUAACUAAAUGUUUUUUAUUGUUAUAAGUUUAAAGUGUAUGUUUUUGUUUUCUUUUUUUUUUUGUAUUGUAAGACUUUGUGUUGGUAAAUAUAAUGUAUUUGUCC